CAACGACCAAUUGCUGUUACGAUUGUUGAUAACGUCUGUUGUGCCGUUUGUUCGAGUCCCCAGUCAGACGAAAAUUCAGGAAAGAGCUCAUUUUAGAUGCUCUUGGGAAGAUGAAGUCAUCACCCCGGGCUCUAGCCUCUGUGCCUCGAUGUACGGCACAAGCCGCUAGGCCUGGUGCGAGACGACUCACUGGUCUUUAUGGCAGUAUAAACAGCGGCAGCGGCAGUGCCCAAUAUCGUGGGCUCAUUCAUCAAUGGCAUCGGAAGCCCCAAGGCGGGGUCGCGUUUUCACGAGGGUUGAGUACCAAGCUGAGAUCGCAUGAACCGUCAGAGCCAGUAUUCCAUACCGGCGAAGCUCCAUCUUUCGCUUUUGCCUUUGACAUUGACGGCGUCCUAUUGCAUGUAGCCAAACCCAUACCGGGUGCGCAGGAAUCUCUGAAGUACUUGCAGGACAACAACAUCCCCUUUAUCCUGUUGACGAAUGGCGGAGGCAAACUCGAGAGGGAUAGGGUGAACGACCUGAGCUCCAAAUUGGGGGUUGAGCUCACGGUCGACAAUUUCGUCCAAUCGCACACGCCGUUCCAAGAACUGACCCGCGGCCCCCAAGGGCUGGGCGACAAGACUGUGUUCGUGACCGGUGCGGACGUGCAAAAAUGUCGCGAGAUUGCUUACAGUUACGGAUUCAAGAGCGUCGUGACGGCCGCAGAUAUCCUACGCGACCACCCCGACAUCUGGCCCUUCGACGCGCUCAUGGAGUCUGUCUACGGGGGGAGCGCCCAUCCGCUCCCCCUCCCCCUACACACGGGAGAGCACAUGCACGACAGCACUGCCCUCAAGAUCGAUGCCAUCCUCGUGUUCAACGACCCGCGCGACUGGGCGCUCGACAUACAGAUCAUAGUAGACCUUCUCGUCUCGCGGCAGGGCAUUCUGGGGACGUACUCGGCCAAGAACGGGGACCGGAGCCUGCCCAACGACGGUUGGCAGCAGGACGGACAGCCGCCGGUGGUGUUCUCCAACUCAGACCUGUUCUGGUCGACGACGUACCAUCAGCCGCGGUUCGGGCAGGGGGCGUUCCAGGCUGCGCUGGACGGGGUGUGGGCUCGGGUGACGGGUGGGAAGGAGCUCGUGCGUACGUCUUUCGGAAAGCCUUUCGUCGAGACAUAUCGGUUUGCGGAGAGGGUGCUGAACGAGCAUCGGGCCAAGAUCCUGAGUAUGGGGAAGAUGAGUGGGAAGGAGAUGGCGCCGUUGAGGAGGGUUUACAUGGUCGGUGAUAACCCUGAGAGCGAUAUUCGAGGGGCCAACGAGUUUGCUAGCCCCCAGGGGACCGAGUGGACUUCAGUACUGGUCAGGACUGGUGUCUGGAGGCCGGAGAGGGGGGAGCCUGCGCACAAGCCCAAGAUGUUGGUUGACGAUGUCAAGGCGGCGGUUGAGUGGGCAUUGAAGAGGGAGGGCCAUUAAUUAGCGAACAAGGGUCACUUGCGGGAGCCUUCCUUUUGUUAUAUGUUAUAUAGGUAGGGAUUACACAUUACUAUCCAUCAACAACUUGGCG